AUGGCUGAUCCCUUCUCAACGGUGGCGGCCGUAGUGUCUUUGGCCGAUGUCAUGAUUCGUGCCUGCGGAGGCAUCUCUAAUUUUGUCGUUGAUUUGAGAGAUGCCCCAAACGCCGUCCAGCACUCACGACAAAUCCUGCAAAAUGUACACUCAGUGCUUGAGAAUUUACGGCUGUAUGUGAUCGAAUACGGGUCGUCAAAGCUCUUUAUUGAGCAACACCAGCUAUUGGCGGAAAUUGUGAAAAAGGAGCUUCUGGACAUCCACACAGAAUUGGACCUCUUGCAUCAGUUUCUAUCGUCGUCAGGCACCCAGGGAAAGAUAAGCCAGAGGUUGAAGUGGGUCCUUGAUGAUAAAUGA